AAGACCUUCGAGAUUAGCCCGUAGGCGAUCCGGCUUACAGGGGUAGGACUAAGAAAGAGUCUCAAAGAAAGCCUAAUACGCUGGUGUGGGUCGCCGCUCGCAAUUAGAGCGUUAAUGACGGACAGAUACGCGGGAUGGGAAGUUCACAGCAUGGCGCUUUUAAAAUUAACAUGCACAUAUAUACUUUCAAAUUGAUUAAUACUUUAAUUUGUCCUCUGCGAAGCUUCUUAAGUUCUCGUUGUGACAACAAAGCUAACGACUAGUCGAGAGAGAGAGAGAGAGAGAGAGAUGGCCGGAGGAGGAGGAGGAGCGGAGGAGGAGAUAAAGCUCGAAUACACGCCCACAUGGAUCGUUGCCUUGGUUUGCACCGUUAUUAUUUGCAUCUCCCUAUUCUUCGAACGAUUCCUCCAUCGGCUCGGCAAGCGGUUCAUGCGGAAAAACCAGAAACCCCUAUUCGAAGCCCUUCAGAAGAUGAAAGAAGAGCUGAUGCUGAUGGGAUUCAUCUCGCUGCUGCUGGUGGUUUUCCAGGGGACGAUUCAGAAGAUCUGCAUUCCGGCUAGCUACACCCGACACCUGCGGCCCUGCAAAGGCGAAGACAUAGCCGGCGAUGGGGGCGGUGAUGACGGUGAAGUCUCCGCCCACCAUCGCUCCAAAUUCUACGCCGGAGUCCUCGCCGGCGGCCGCCGGCUAUUGGCUGGCGGAGGAUCCGGCGGAGAGCACUGCGCAAGAGAGGGAAAAGUUCCACUGCUAUCUAUUGAAGCAAUUCAUCAACUUCAUAUAUUUAUCUUUGCUUUGGCAACAACUCAUGUGCUUCUCAGUGCUCUAACUAUGGUUUUAGGUGGGGUAAAGAUACGUCAGUGGAAGCAUUGGGAAGAUUCUAUUCAUAAAGAAGCUGCAGAAAAUGCUUCAACAUCCCCAAUGAUCACUCAUGUUCACGAAACUGAAUUUAUCAGGGAUCACUUUCGUGGCAUUGGCAAGGAUUCUUUGAUAUUGGGUUGGCUGCACUCUUUCUUUAAACAUAUCUUUGGAUCUGUGACAAAAUCAGACUACAGAACAUUGCGGCUGGGUUUCGUCAUGGCUCAUUGCAAGGGUAAUCUUAAGUUUAAUUUUCACAAAUACAUGGUUCGAGCUGUUGAAGCUGAUUUCAAGAAAGUGGUUGGUAUAAGUUGGUAUCUUUGGGUUUUUGUGAUUGUUUUCUUAUUUCUAAAUGUUGGAGGUUGGCAUGCAUACUUUUGGUUAUCAUUCAUACCUUUGAUCCUCCUUUUCUCCGUUGGUACCAAGUUGGUGCAUAUCAUCUCUCAGUUGGCUCAUGAAGUUGCUGAAAAACAUUCAGCCAUCGAAGGAGAUUUGGUGGUUACCCCUUCAGACGACCAUUUCUGGUUUGGUCGUCCUCGCAUUAUGCUCAUUUUAAUUCACCUGAUCCUCUUCCAUGUUGCUUUCGAGAUUGCAUAUUUCUUUUGGAUAUUGGUAACAUACGGAUACCGCUCCUGCAUCAUUGAUGGAACCAAGUACAUCGUCCCGAGGCUCAUAAUUUGUGUAGUGGUACAGAUCAUUUGCAGCUACAGUACCUUACCUCUUUAUGCAAUCGUCACCCAGAUGGGAAGUUCGUUUAAACCAGUUAUAUUUGAGGAACACGUGCAAGAGGGUCUUGUGGGAUGGGCUCAGAAGGUGAAGAUGAAGGGGAAAAGGCUUAGCAAAGCUUUGAGUGGACAAAAAUCAGAGGGGACUCAGCUUCAGUAUGUUUUUAGUACUAAGGAUCCCAUGUUGAACGAGAUUGAACCUGAGAUUGUUGAAGCAAAGCGUUAAAGGAGAUAAUUAGCUGAAAAACCAAGUCUUCCUUUGGGAUGGCUUUCUUAUUGCUGCUUAAAGCUGUUUUGUAAUACAAAAGUUAAAUUUUUUUAACUAAAAAGUUGUUUUGAGAAGCAGUAAUAAAACCAUCCCAAAUGAAAAACCUAAAUUAGCUGAGAAACUUCAUCAUUAUCAUGUAAAUUUUUUUUUUUUAUAUACAAAACAGUAAUUUAUAGCAGUUUAUUCUCAUAGAUAUACAGUGCUUGGACAGAUUUAUGUCCAUUUUCAGA